CAGUCCCGCGGAACAUCCUGCAAACACAUCUGAGACUCGGAACAAAACUCUCUACACUUUCCCCUUUCUCUCUCUCUCUCUCUCCCUCUCUUUCACACACAUCGGCUCCGUGUUCCCACCGGGAUGGCUCGCUGCUUGAUGACCGGAGAAGUCCCAACACUUUAGAAAAAGUCGUCUAGUUGUUGUCUCAGCAGGUCGAUGUCCCUGUCGGUCCUGUGUGUUGAUGUGUGGACGCGCGGCGGUGGGACAUCCGGAAUGGGGGAUCCGUAGGAGGAGAGGACGCUCGCGGCUGUGCUGUUGGUAAAUAAAGCGCACAAACUGCGAGCGUGCGCACAGAGCCCAAACGCACGAGAUGGACUUUAAGAGGACAAAAUUUGGAAGAUUUAUGAACUGCAGAGUCCCGGCCAGUAAGAGAUACCAGCCCACUGAGUACGAACAUGCUGCAAACUGUGCCACACACGGGUUGUGGAUCCUCCCCAGUUUGGUGGGCGGGUCUGUGCUCUACUUCCUGUCUGUGGACCAAUGGCAUCGUGUGGCUGCCUGGCUCUACGGGAGCGGUCUCACCGGCCUGUUUGUCACCUCAACACUCUUCCACACUGCUGCCUGGAAAAUCAGCCAUCUCCGGAAGGUGGAGCAGCGUUUCCACAUGUGUGACAGAAUGGCCAUCUACUUCUUCAUCGCUGCCUCCUACUCUCCCUGGUUGAUGCUGAGGGAGCUGGGGCCCUGGACGUGCCACAUGCGCUGGCUGAUAUGGGUCAUGGCUUGCGUUGGAUCCAUGUAUGUCUUCUUUUUCCACGAGAGGUACAAGCUAGCAGAGCUGCUUGGAUAUGUGGCCAUGGGGGUUGUUCCUGCUCUGGUCAUCCUGUCCAUGGUUGAGCGUGCAGGUGUGCGUGAGCUGGCAGUGGGAGGCGUCUUCUAUGUGGUGGGCGUGGUCUUCUUUAAGAGCGACGGCGUCGUCCCUUUCGCCCACGCCAUCUGGCAUCUUUUCGUUGCAGUAGGAGCGUGUGUUCAUUAUUACGCCAUCUGGAGGUACCUCUACUUACCGGGGCCGCUGCUGCAGACGUCCAGAUGACUAGCCGCUCUCACCUGCAAUCACAUGAUUCCACAUCAACGUGACUGACUGAGCAAUGUCAGUUUAAGUCAUGAGAACAGAGUGUUUUGACUACAACUAACCUGACUCAUGAGGCUUCACCUGCAGAGAUGGUGCUGAGACGGUCUGACUGCAACAGAUCAAAUUCUCCACAGCUGGGGCCGAACACUUUUACUGUUUAAGUCACUUCAAGACACUAACAGACUGAUCAAUGAACAUCCAGCCUGAUUGGACCAAACUAAUGCAAAAUAUGACUCUAAUUCUGCUGUAUCAGACAGAGGUAUGAAUCAUUUCUGCUCAUCCCCUUCUGGGAGAUUUUUGCUCACAUAUAAGGUGCCAGAAAUAUUUCAUGAUCAAGGUUCAGGUAAAAGAAAUAGUUUCACGUUAUGCUAUUGCACUUAUUGACUUUGUUGCAAAGAGUAAGAUGAGAAGUGUGAACAGUUAUCCUUGCUCUUUUAAAAGGUUUCCCAAUCUGCCAUCCAGUACCUCUACCUUGCUUAUUAACAUGUUUUAGAUGUUGAAGUUUUAAAAUGAAAAUAUUUUAGAUUUAUGUGUGGUUUAAUAGGCUGUAAGGGGUGAUUGUAGUGUGUUCUGGACUACUAGCCACCAUGGCUAAUUUAGCAAGCUAGCAAGUAGAUAUUGCAGGAAAGCGCAAAGGCAUGACAGAGGAGAGUAUUAAGGGCUUUGGUUUAUCAACAUUUUCCUUAUACAUAUAUUAAAAUAAAAACUAUAACUAUAAUACAUUAACUCACCACCCAAAAAAUGAACUUUCAUGGCCUCGGCAUUUCUGAAAACAUCAGCAAAAACUCGUGAAAUUGGGGCUUCCAGAAAAUUUCCCCUUUCGAGGCUGUGUACACCACAAGAGGUGGGCAUUCGUGUAAACUGGUGAACAUGCUUAACUUGGCCCCAUUUAAAGGCAGCAGUCACGCGAUCAGUGGAAACUUCAGCAGGUCAAUGCCUUUAUGCUAAGCUAAGCUAAACAGCUUCUGGCGGUCGCCCCAUUUAUACCAUAUAUGGAAAAAAAUAUUAGACCACUUGGUUUUCUCUUGUUUCUUGUUCACUUUAAAGCCAGGUACAACUAAAUGCACAUUUGUUUGGAAAAAUAUAAUGAUGACAACAAAAAAUAGCUCAUAAGAGUUUAAUUUAAGAGCAGAUAUCUAGACAUUUUCCAUGGUUUUCUUGAUAAUGAUUUUGGUUAUUAUCAAGAUAACCAUGGAAAAUGGCUAGAUAUCAGCUCUUAAAUUAAACUCUUAUCAGCCCAAACAAAUGUACUUUUAGUUGUACCAGGCAUUAAAAUGAACAAGAAAUUGAAGAUAAGGGUGGUCUAAUAAUUUUUUCCACGACUGUAGAUAUGAGAAUGGUACCAAACCUCUCAUCUAACUCUUGCUUGAAAGCAAAUAAGCCUAUAAAACGUCAAAUUAUUCCUUUAAUUACUCCAUAACAGAACUGAUGAUCUACAGCCUGUGACUACACCUCCUGGCCUAAACUAUCCAAGACUAGAAAACUCUACCGUUUCCAUAAGUGAUGUGCCAAAAUGUACCACACAUGCAUUCCUUUAUACUGGUGCUAACCACUACUUUACUUUUGUCCAUUCUUCUCAGUGGCAAAAUAUGAAAAUACAGAAUUGGCUCCAGAAACACAAACCUGUUUCAUAAACAAACAUCUUAAGCUGACUCGACUGAACUGUGUAAACCGCAGACAGACUUAAUGUCACCAUAUACAAGCCUGGUGACACACCGAUGUCGGCUUGAAGGUCGACCGUUGAGGAUAAUAACGGGCUUCAGUAGGAACGACCCGAUUGUGAUUCUGUUAUGAUUUACAUUCGUCUUGAAUCUGCCUCGAAAUCAAGUCUCAUAAUUUACUGUUUUAUUAUUUGAAAAAUGAUAAGUGUAAUCAAGAUAAUGAAACACUAAUUUGUAUUCUGGGUCAGAUAUGCUUGUGUGUUUGCAUUGAUUGAUUAUCUUGUUUAGAGGACGAUGAUUGCCAGUUGUUUUCUUAAAGUGAUGCACUCUGAUCCUCGAGCACUUUCUACCAGCAACCGUGUUGAAUGAAGUAGAAUUUCCUUAAAACCCUUGGAAUAUGGCAGAAUUAACACAUAGGCAUGUUAUACUUCUUCAAGCACUGUGUAGAUCACACAUACAGGUUUUCCCUAACCUCUUAGUAGUUCAACUGUUUCUGUUUUUCUGUAAAAACAGAGCACUUACUCAGGAAGUGAGCACUUUUAUUUUUUAAAUCAGAUGAUCUAUUUUGUAAAAAUUGUAUUUUCACUGUAAUAAAGAAGAGACACUAU